AUGGUGGUGAUCAUUCCCAGCCCAGGCAUCGGUCACUUGGUCCCCAUGAUCGAGUUUGCGCGACAGAUUACAAACCGCGACGGUCGACUUUCAGUAAUGAUCCCCAUCAUUCCGGCACCUAAUAUGCCCAUGGUUAACCAAUAUGCGAAGUCCAGGGCAAAAGCCUACGGUUCUAAUAAUAUCAAGUUCAUCGACCUACCUGUCAUAGACCUCCCUCCUGAGGAUCGUUUCAGAUCAAUGGAAGCCUUGACAUCUCUCCUUGUUGAAAGCUACAAACCUCACGUUAAGCAAGCAAUCAUUGAUGCCUUGCAAGCCGAGUCAGACUCCAACCCGGUUAGAGUCAAUCUUGCAGCAUUAGUUGUGGACGUACUUUGCACUCAGAUGAUUGACGUGGCUAAAGAACUAGAGGUUCCUCCAUACUUGUUCUUCACGUCUCCGGCUGGAUUUCUAGGGUUCAUGCUUCAUUUGCCAACCCUCGACAGAGAAUCAACUACGACUGUGCUUGGUGACUCGAGUACUGAGUUAGUUAUACCGAGUUUUGUUAGUCCCGUACCAAAGCAAGUCUUACCUGUAGUGGUGCUUAAAAGAAAAGAAGACGGUUAUCUUUGGUUUUUGGAACAUGCAAAUAGGUAUAAAGAAACAAAGGGGAUUAUCGUGAAUACAUUUUACGAACUGGAACCACAUGCACUUAAUGUUGUUUCUGAUGGUCGAGGUCUGCCGGUUUAUCCAGUCGGACCACUCAUUGAUGUCACUGGACCAGAUGACUGGUAUGAAGAGAAGGCUAGCCAUGAUACCAUAAUGAAAUGGCUAGAUGAUCAACCUCUGGCUUCAGUAGUAUUUUUGUGCUUUGGAAGCAUGGGAAGUCUUGCCGGACCCCAAGUGAGAGAGGUGGCAAUUGGGCUUCAACAAGCCAAGGUUCGUUACUUGUGGUCCUUGCGCGAGCCACCGAAGUCAUUGGGCCUUUCGAGCAAGUACAUGGAUCUUGAGAAAGAGAUUGAUGGCCUUUUAGAAAGAAGUGUUGGGAAGGGCUUGGUGUGUGGGUGGGUCCCACAAGCAGCGGUCCUGGCACACAAAGCGAUCGGAGGGUUCAUAUCACAUUGCGGUUGGAAUUCAAUUUUGGAGAGUGUAUGGUAUGGUGUACCAAUUGCUACAUGGCCGAUUUAUGCCGAGCAACAAAUGAAUGCUUUUGAAAUAGUGAAAGAGUUAGAAUUAGCUGUGGGGAUUAAAAUUGAGCAUAGGGAUUACAAUGACUUAAUAACGGCAGAGGAGGUAGAGAGAGCAGUAACACGUUUAAUGAACGGUGACGACUCCGUAAGGAAAAAAGCUAUAGAGAUGAAAGAAAAGAGUAGAAAGGCUAUGAUGGAAAACGGAUCAUCAUUUACAUCCUUGGCGCACUUGAUUGACGACAUAAUGACUAAUAUUUGA